AUGUCUCAAAAAUCAACCAGUCCACCUUCAUCGCUUAUGGCUCACCUUCAUUCAGAGUCACAUAAACAGAGCAUCCUGAGCAAAUUCAACAAGCUCAGGAAAAGUGACCUGCUGUGUGACAUUACUCUUGUCGUGGAGGAUGUGCAGUUCAAGGCCCACAAAGCCCUGCUGGCAGCAAGCAGUGAGUACUUCUCCGUCAUGUUCACAGCAGAAGAUCAGAUCCAUCGGUCCACCCACCGGCUGGACGGUAUGGCACCAAACAUGUUUGCAGCAGUGCUGGAGUUCAUCUACAGCGCCCAGGUGUCUGUGGAGGAGAGCGCCACAGAGCAGCUCCUGGCCACAGCUCAUCGAAUGGAAGUCGGUGACCUUGUCAAAGUGCUCACUGACCUAACUCGCUCUGCAGCAGGGGUCAAAUGCAAUGAUGCUCAAGCAAACAAAGCUGAAGAUGCAGAGCUGGUGAAGCGCAAAAGAGGGCGGCCGAGGAAAGCUGUAGGUGCACCUGUGACAGAGCUGGUGGGGAGAAGAGAACCAUGUGAGAGUUCAGAGGACCGACAGGCAGAAGAUAAUCCAAAAACUGAGUCUCAGCCUAGAAAUGAGGACCCUGAAGAACACCAAAACCGGCAGAGCAAACGCAAAAUCAACCCACCGGUAAAAUAUAAGGGCUACAAAGUGGGCAAUAACACAGCAGGACACAAGGAGCCUGGGAAGAGGGGCAGGAAAAGGAAAUACCCUGACACUGAGGCACGAUGUGAGGACUGUGGAAAAGUCUUCAAAAGCCACCUGUUUUUAAAGAUUCACCAGCGCACUCAUACAGGUGAGAAGCCUUUCCACUGCAUGGUGUGCGGGAAGAGUUUUACCCAGAAGCACACUCUGCUGGCUCACCAGCGCAUGCACACUGGAGAAAAGCCAUUUGUUUGUACCGUCUGCUCCAAAGCGCUUUCCACCAAACACUCCCUGCAAGAGCACAUGAACCUCCAUGAAGAAGAGAAAUCCUUUGACUGUGAUAAAUGUGGAAAGACCUUCACUCAGAAAAGACAACUUAAAAGCCAUUACAGAGUUCACACAGGGAAAUCAUUGCCAGAAUGUGCUCAGUGUCAUCACAAGUUUAUGGAUGCAGCUCAACUGAAAAAGCACGUGAGAACUCAUACAGGUGAGAAGCCUUUCACUUGUGAAAUCUGUGGAAAAUGUUUCACAGCCAAGAGCACACUGCAGACUCACAUCAGAAUCCACAGAGGUGAGAAGCCUUAUAACUGCAGCAUCUGCAAGAAGUCCUUUUCAGACCCCAGUGCAAGACGACGACAUGUUGCCUCCCACUCGGGGAAGAAACCCUUCACCUGCUCCUUCUGCAGCCUUUCUUUUACACGCCUGGACAAUCUGAAAACACACACCAAAUCCCACAACAAGGAGAGAGCUGCGGGUGGAGAGGCCUCAUCGGAUACUGCGGCAAAAGAUGGCUCUGGAGCCCCGCAGGAAGAGGUGCAAAAUAUCCUUCACCUGCAGCAGUACCAGCUGCCUGCCACCUCUGAACAGGAGCUCCAGGUGGUGGUGACAGAGGAUGUGGACCACAUUAACUUUAUCCCGGGUCAGGACCACGAGAUCAGCCUCAUCAGCACAGAGGGAGAGAUGGCUCAGUCAGCCCCCUCUAAACUCACCCUCCUCGCCCGGCCAUCGGGGCACGUGCACAAUGUGGCGUUGGUCACUCAGGGUGAUGUGGUGGAUCAGACCUCUCAGAUCCACACUAUAAGUAUGCUGCAGGGUCAGAUGAUGCACCAGGCUGAGCAGAUGCAUGUUAUCACUUUGAGUAAAGAGGCUAUGGAGCAGCUGCAGGCCCAUCACGGUCCUGCGCAGCCCUUUCAAAUAACACAGCGUCCCAUUCAACAGCUGCAGGUGAUGCAUCAGCCAAUCCAGCAGCUGCCUGUUGCUCAGGAGCCCUCGGAGGGGCAGGUGAGCAGGGAACAACAACAAGGCCGGGCUAUUCACGUCAGCAGCCAGAGCAGCCAACCGAUCUCCAUCAGUCAGACUAGCGAGCAGAUCUCCAACCAUCACAUCCAAGGACAGACAUUUCAGAUCCAAUCAGGAACUGUGUCCUACCUGUACACCACCGGACUGCCACAGGAGAGCUGAGAGUGAUCUGGACCACCGGGAACUUAAAUCUGAUGGUGCUACUGUGGAGAUCAACUAUAUACAGACAAAACUGACCAUAGUCAAAGGUAGCAGUAUUAAAAGAUGAAGUUUGUAUUUUCUUUAAUGAAUUUUUUAUAUUAAAAAAAAAAUAUAAGCAUACCUUUUUAUACUGCUGUGUUUCCUUCCACACACUACACCACUGUAAUCUGAUGAAUUUGUCUGGCAGAUACCUUCCUCAUUAUGCCUUUAUCUGUGCCACAAAUUUCUGCGCAGCACAAUGAUCACACUUUGUGUGUGAAAUAUCUAAUAUCUUUCAUACCUUGCCCAAGGUAUUGCACUGUUUGACACUUUUCUGAAGCAGAUCCUUGUUCUUUGCCAUAUUGCUUAAAAACUGUGGCAUGAUUAAUAAUGUGGAACAUCUGUCUUAAGUAUAGUUUUCCUUUAAUUGGCCUCACCUGGUUAACUAAUUACGACAGGUGUCUGAGAUUGAUAUGAGUGAUCCAAAGAGCCCCCAGACACAAAGGUGUUGAACCAAAAACCUUCUGGUUAUUGCUUUGGUUGCAAGCAGAUUGCCAUGGUUACCUGGAGUUUUUCAUGUCUGAUGGCAAAUACUUGCCAGCUACUGGCCAACUGAUAGUACAUCAUGAUAAAGUCGGACACAAACCAGAAAAGGAGAAGGUUCGACUUCAAAGUAGAAGUUUGCUUCAGUGCUGCAGCAAUCAUGUGUCAAAGGGCGCCACUUUUACUGGCAUGUGUCUGUAGACAAAUCUGUCACUUCCAUUCGAAUGCAGCACUAUCUUACUCGCCAAAAGCAGUCACAAAGAGCCUUUUAUCAUCCAGCUGGGGAAUACAGCGACAGUUGAUCCUACAUCAUCAGCAUGAUUGUCAAACACCCAAAAUGAUGCUGAAGUUAAUGACAUGUUGUUAGUGGCCAUGUGUGAAAACCCUUGAGGCCUUUGAGGCAGCACUCAGAUCUCAGUCCAUGACACGAAAGGCAGGAAUAUCAGGAGCCAUAAUGGAGGAACUCCCAAACAAACAAAUGUGA